ACUCAUCAGAAUCCCCACCAGACAAAGAAACUUAAGAUUCUGCUAAGCCAACCUCCAAGAAAUACAUAAAAACACAAGAUCACAAAGUUCCAAAACACCACACUUCAGUGCUAAAAUUUACAUGAAUUUUGAGUGAAAUCUGAAAAACAGGAUGUUUGAUGGAGGAGAAGAAUACUGGUCUUCAGCCGACUACUUUACGAACAUGAACACAGAAUCAAAGAAGAAAAAGAAGAUCAAGAAUACACGAAGGUUUAGCGACGAACAAAUUCGAUCAAUGGAAACGAUGUUCGCGUCUGAGACAAAGCUCGAGCCGAGGAAGAAGAUGCAGCUUGCAAAAGAGCUCGGACUGCAGCCUCGACAGGUCGCGAUUUGGUUUCAGAACAAGAGAGCUAGAUGGAAGUCGAAGAAACUCGAAAAAGAUUACAACAUACUUCUUACCAACUAUAACAGUCUAGCAUCACAAUUUGAAACCUUAAAGAAUGAGAAACAGUCCUUAGAUAACCAGUUGCAGAAAUUGAAUGAAAUGGUGGGCAAAUCAGAAAUGGAAAUUCAGUGUCCUAAGCACGAAAAAUCUGGGAAUAGAAUUGAUGGAGAAUCAUCAGACAAUGGAAAAAACAUAGAGAGUGGUGAAUUUGAAGUACUAAAUCCAAGUCUGUGUUUGGAUAGAUCAGAAAACGACAGCAACUUAAAAGCAGAUUAUUUUGGAUUGGAAGAAGAAACUGAGCUUAUGCACAUGGUUGAAUCUUCAGACAGUUCUUUGGCGUCACAGGAGAAUUUUCUUGACCAUAAUUCUAGUAGUUAUCAAUGGUGGGAUUUCUGGUCUUGAAUAAGAAAUGGAAGAAUUUGUAUAUUUUUCUGAAUAAUUAAUCUUCCAUCUUUUGGUGAGAUUUGAUAAAAAUGAGACCUGUUAACAACAGGAAAUUCUCCCAUCAAGAUUACACAAGUGUGGCAUGUUCUUAAGUUGGACUCGACAGUACAAAACUAUAUAAAAGCAUAAUAUGAAAUUGUAUCUAUUUUUUUUA